AUGGAGCCCACAACAAGUGAUAUCGCCGGCCAGCGCUUCGAGACCGAUAAUUCCAAAACCACAAAACAGAAUCCCAAACAGCAACUAUCCAAGGCCAUGGAGCACAUGCGCUUCGCUGUAACCGUCGAUCCUAUUCCUCGUUCCUCGACCACCUCCACACCCACGUCCCAGCCUCCCUCAGACCCAGACACCUCACAACCCGCGCCCGAAGCUGAAGCCGGAUCCGACGCAUACGGCGUCCCCGCCUCCAUCGCCCCGAUCCGCAAACCUGCGCACCGCUCGCACUCCCCCUCCAACAAUCAAAAGCGCAGCGAUCCCUUUGCCUUCGGCUCUCGCUUCCUCGAGGAAGGCGACAACAUUUUCGAAUUCAACGCGUGGGACCACGUCGACGUCGAUCCCGCCUACCAGUCCUUCUCAUCUGAGCAGUACGAAAAGCAGCGCGCAGACCCCGUGUCCGACUUCGACAAGAAGCGGUUCAACGACAACCCCGAGAAGUGGUGGAACUUGUUCUAUAAGAACAACAAGACGAAUUUCUUCAAGAAUAGGAAAUGGUUGGCGCAGGAGUUCCCGGUGCUGGAUGAGGUUACGAAGGAGGAUAGUAAGCCCGCGGUGGUGCUGGAGGUGGGCGCCGGUGCGGGGAAUAGCGCGUUUCCGAUAUUGCAGAAGAGGAAGAAUAAGGGGUUGAAGAUUCAUGCGUGUGAUUUCUCAAAAAAGGCGGUCGAGUUGAUACGGGGGCAUGAAUUGUACGAUCCAGAGUUUAUACAGGCGGAUGUGUGGGACGUUGCUGCGUCGCCAGAGUCGGAAAACGGAGGGUUACCUCCUGGUAUAGAAGAAGGCAGUGUGGACGUCGUGCUUAUGAUAUUCAUUUUCUCGGCAUUAAAUCCGAGGCAGUGGGACCAGGCUGUGAAGAAUGUCUGGAGAGUGCUGAAGCCGGGCGGGCAGGUGUUGUUUAGGGAUUAUGGAAGAGGUGAUCUGGCGCAGGUGCGUUUUAAGAAGGGAAGGUACAUGGAGGAGAAUUUCUACGUACGAGGCGACGGUACGCGCGUAUACUUCUUCGAACAAGAAGAGCUGGAGGAAAUAUGGAGCGGCGAAGCGCACUCGAUUCAGCGUGAGGCGAAGACACAGAAUAGAUAUUCCGAUGAGGCGGCAUCAACACAACAGUUAUCCGAUCUGCAUCUAGAAAAGGAGGCUGAAGGGGUUGAAGAAGCCUCGAGGACAGCAUCUGAGCCCACAACGCACUCGCCGCGGCCCGCUUUCGAGAUUGUGCAUUUUGGAAUCGACAGACGCAUGCUUGUAAACCGGCAACGGAGGCUGAAAAUGUACCGUUGCUGGAUGCAGGCUGUGUUCCGGAAACCAGGGCAUCAGAGCGAGGUACCGACAAGUACAUUAAGGCAGGAUAAAGAAAAGGAGGGAGAGGGCGAGGAAGAGGAGGCAUGA